AUUCAUUCGUUUCAUUCGCAAUAAUGCCACUAUUACGUAAUUAAUACCAAAGGUAGAUCAAAUAAUUUGCGUACUACUGAUUGAAACACCAUUGUCGUUGCGUUUACUAGCUUUAAUUUUUUUUUGCGUUCGCGGUGUUUUUAUUGCUUUAAAAAAAAAAAAAUGUUCGAAGAAUCUCAAAUAUCCACAUUUUACGCAUACAAAAAAGUCCUCAUCACAGGAGCGACUGGAUUCAUGGGAAAAGUGUUAGUAUGGAAAUUAUUACACAGCUGCCCUCAGUUGGAUACAAUUUUUGUGCUGAUGCGACCAAAACAUGGAAAGCCCUCUUUGACUCGUAAAACUGAAUUUUUUAAUUCGCCGGUUUUCGAAAAUUUUAAAAAAGAAAAUCCCAAAGUAUUACAAAAAGUGGUACUUAUAGGCGGAGAUGUAGGAGAAGACCGCUUAGGAUUAUCGGACAAAGAUCGAGAUAUGCUGAUUGACCAAGUUUCUAUUAUAUUCCAUAGUGCAGCCAUUUUAAAAAUGAAUGCAGAUUUACGCACAGCAAUUAAUGUAAAUACCAUCGGCACCGUAAGAAUGCUCGAAUUGGCGCAACAGAUGAAAAAACUUGAGUCAUUUGUAUACAUUUCCACUGCGUAUUGUUGCUGUGAAAAGACAACAGUGGAAGAAAAAAUGUAUCCUUCAAAUCAAAAUCCGCAAACAAUUAUGAGUCUCGUCCAAUGGAUGGAACCAAAAUUGUUGGCAAGCAUUACACCCAGUUUAAUUCAUCCUUUACCAAACACAUACACGUAUAGUAAACGAAUUACCGAAUCUCUACUGCAUAAUUACGAGUCCACAGUUCCGAUUAUUGUAGCCAGGCCAAGUAUAGUCGUGGCAUGUCACAAAGAACCAUUCCCAGGAUGGACUGAUACUCUAAACGGACCUGCUGGAUUUUAUAUUGCCGGAGCAAAAGGACUAUUACGAGUUACAACAAUGAGGCUAGAUAACAAAACCAACUUCAUACCAGCUGAUUUCGCCAUCAAUAGUAUUAUAAUUUUACCAUGGGCCAAUUCUCGGAAGCAAUUAUUAAAAGAAAUCAGCGUUUACAACAUUCCACAAACCCACUUCGACGAUAUGACCUGGCGCCAAGUACUGCAUCUUUUCAUGCAUUCUUUGAGAAAAUACCCAGUCAAUGUAGCCCUAUGGUAUCCAAACACCAAUCCGGAUACCAAAAGUAUGUUCGUAUAUACGAUUAAAUGCAUAUUUUUGCAUUACUUACCCGCCUACGUGAUUGAUUUCAUUUUGCUCUUGGUCGGUCAAAAACAGUUCAUGGUUCGUUCUCACGAUAAACUUGCGCAAGCUGAAGUUAUACUUCGACAUUUCACUGAGAACCAAUGGCACUUCGAGCAUGAUAAACUACUUCAACUGGAAGAUCUUUUGAAUCCAACUGAUAAGCAAUUGUUCCCUGUAAACAUGAGAAAAAUGGGAGAUAUUCAAAGUUAUAUCGAUGAUUGCAUGGUUUCAGCCAAAUUUCACUUAUUUAAGGAAAAUAUGGACCAUCAAAGUAGCGCAAAAAUAUUGCACAUAUCAUUGUACGUUGUAGACAAAAUCGUCGUCGUGUUGAGAUAUUACGUUUUAUGGAAGUUUCUAAUGUUCGUUUACAAUACGAUAUGCAGCAUAUUCAUUUGAACAAAAAAAUACUGCCAGCAGGUGUAAAUCAUAAACAACUUACUACUCGCACAAAUGUCGUCAAAAAUCGGUGCUCCAUCUUGAACUCAAAAUUCGAGAAAAACAUCAAAAUGAUUCGCUUUUAGUAGAUAAGCAUGAAGUUGAACUGUAUCGAUUAGAUUUAAUUUACAGAAAAAGUAAACCUUACAUUCACUCCUCAA